CACUCUCUCGCCUACAUAACUCAGAUCUCAGACACAGAGCCAGCCUAUUUGCUUCCCAGCACAUGCCAUUCAAGGCACUUGACUCAGACGCCGCAAGGAUAUGGAAACCGGAGUUGGAUACCCAUCUGUUUUUGUCGUGGAUGCCCCUCAGAGGAAUGUCCCCUUCGUGCCACCUGUACCAAAAGGCCGAAAGAAAUGGCAGCAUGCCCAGCUGCUCCUGUGGGUCUUCAUGCUGCUGAUGCUGAUAGGCUUGAUGGUUCAAGGCUAUUUCCUGCUCUCCUUCCGAAAAGAAUUGACCAAAGCUACAACACAGGGAGGAGCUGAAGCACCAACCUAUGAGAAAAUUGUUCAAGGUGAGAGACCUCCCAAAGAAAAGCCAGCUGCUCAUCUGACAUUAGGUGCCUUAAUCAAUACAGCUGAAAAUGGAGCCCUGCUGUGGGAGGACAAGAAAGGACUUGCCUUUCUCCAGGACAUGGGCUACAAGGAUGGUGUCCUUAUCUUUAACCAAUCUGGACACUACUACAUCUACUCAAAGCUCCUCCUGGGGGAUUCAAGAUGCCCAAGUGCUUCCCAAAUGGUCAUUCACGAGAUUUGUAAGAGGACUUCUCGGUAUCCGAGGGAGAUAGUGCUGCUGACCAACAAAAUACUGACUUGCAACUUGCAGAACACCCCAGGCUGGAGACACAACAGCUUCCUUGCUGGAAUGGUUCAUCUCGAGGAGAACGAGGAAGUAUUUGUCAAGGUGUCUCAUAAACAGAUGGUACGGGUUGGGGAUGACACAAGGUCAUAUUUUGGCACUUUCAUGAUCUGAAGGAGAUCAGAACUGAGGGUGGACUGUGAAUUCUGUGGAGCAACAAGAACUGCAUCUUCCUUAUACUGCUAUGAUGGCCCAUAGCCUCAAUCCUGUACUGUUAGAUUGAUCCUUUCCCAAAUACAGUAAAGGAGAGGGGGUUUCUGCCUCCAGAACGAGAGUGCGGGACUUCUUUGCAGACGGGGGAGAAACCUGUUUACAAGAGCAGAGAUACAUUUGCAUUUAUUGUUGGAUAGGGGUGUACUAACCAAAGUAAAGUAUAUAUUUAAGAUUAUAAAAAUGGCAAGGAACUGCUCUAGAGGCAUGGGCAGGUAGCUUCAAAAGCUUUCUGAGACCAUAUGUGAAUAUAUUUUCUUGAUUUCACAUGCUGUAAAAUAGAAAUAGAGAUUCAUUCACCAUUGGCCCUGUGCAAAGAGGACCAAGCACCACCAAAUCAAUUGUAAGCUAAUUUGUUGUAGAGUAGACUGAGACUACUCUUGUUGUUCUGUAGCUAGUUUUAGCUUUUCCACAUUACCCUAAACAAGUACAGUGGGCUCUCUAUUUCUGCUGGGGUUUAAUUCCAGGACUCCCCAUGGAUAUUAAAAUCCAUAGGUGCUCUUCCCACAAUAGCAUAGUGUCCCUUAUGUAAAAUUGCAAUAUCAAGGCAAAUACAAAUUUUUAAUGUAUGGAACAACCUCAGAGUCUCUGAGGAGCUGUCUUUAGUGUAGAGCAUCAGAGAUAAUGUCAGAAAAGGAGGCUUCUGUCAUUAUCUCUAAAUUGAGUACUAGUGGAAAUAUAAUCUGAGGGCAUCCUAAAGGCCAAAGUAGCCAAACUGAGGCUAUCAUACUUUGGACAUAUCAUAACAUGGCAUGGCUGAUUAGGAAAGACAAUAAUCAUUGGUCAAGUAGAAGACAAUAGGGAAAGAAGAAGGGCUACAGAAAAGUAGACUCAAUCAAGGAAGCCAAAGCUUUUCAAAAGCCACGCAUCACUUUUGAUGGCAGGUUGUCCUGUCUGUCAUUGCCAUAAGUCAAUGUCAACUUGAUGUCAGUUAAUAACUAAGUGAUUUACCGUAAAUGUUAGUUUUGAAGUCUAUGAGAUCAGGGUUUGAAUCUCUACUUGGCCAUAGAGUUGUGGACUCCACUGUGGUGGAGACCUUUGUCUAUCAUUGCCAUCAAAAGUAUGGGAGAAGCAAAUGCUGUGCAUUCUUCUCCUUGAGUUCUUCAGUCAACCCUAUAAAUCAAUGUGUUAUGGUCAAACAUGAAGCCUCCAAACAAUCCAACUUGUCAGUGUCUAUACAGGCAUGUCUACCAUAUGUCCUUAUGCUUUAUUUAUUUUAAGAAUAAUCUCUAACACUUCAAGUAUUCUACAAAGAACUGUGUACAGUAUAUUUAGUUAGCCAUCAUUUCAGAAGCCCACCGGCAUGCACAAGUAGCUGCUUUUUCUAUCCCUAUCUUACAAUACAAAUAUUACUGAAGAAGUUUUCUGUGUCACUGAGGUCAAGUGAGGGUGACUGAGAGUGAGAACAGUACUUCCUGAAUCAGUUGCCUCAGGGAUCCCAGCAAGUCAGUGAUCACAAAGUGAGUAGAGCUUCCUCACAAAUAUAAUACAAUCUAGCCAGGGAAAUAUAUAGUAUAGCUUCCAUAUCUGGAAAGCAUAUAUUCCUGAACUUACUGUGGAAACUGGAAACCAUGGACCAUAGCAAACCCUACUGAAAUGAAUGACUUGUACUGGACAUUACCAUAGAAUCGCCAUGGAGGCCUCGGAAAAGUCCUGGAGAUUUAUCUUUUCUAUGAAUUUGUCUUCCAAUGUGACCCUAUGAUACCUUCCAACAGAGGCAUGCCGUAGAAUCACUUGGAGGGUCUAAGAUGACAUAUUUUGUCAGGGUAGGUGAAAUCACAGGUACCGGGGUCAUACUGCAAAUGAGAUAUAACACAAGAUCAUUAAAAAAAGAAACUUGUCUUGCGUCCUUGCUGUUAAUGUAUUGCCAAAAGCACAGUGCUGUAAUAAUAAAGUUAUGGAAUAAAGUAUCUGUACUCCAAA